AUGGCAGCCCCCGCGACUGGCAACCCUGUCCCCGCGCAGCUGGGCUUCCUCGCCAUCUACAACCCGUCGCUCGGCAACACGGACGAUACAAUCGACGAUCAGAUUGUUUACUAUGCCUCGGUCACGUCGCUGGCCGCCGCGUCGUCUAAGCGCCGCCGCGCGCGCACCAGAGGUCGCCCAACCGAGGCCAUCUCGCCCGAGGAACGCAACGAGCGUCUGCGCCAGAUUGGUCUCGCGCAGGGCAUGGUCAGCUUCAGCCAGGGCUUCGCCGACGGCGAUCCCGUAGAUAGCAUCGAAACAGAGACCACCAGGGUCGUUGUGCAUGAGCUCGAGUCUGGAUGGUGGAUUUUAGCAAGCAUUGAUCUGAACAAGACGCCGUUGCCACCACGGCUCCUUACUAAGAAUAAUGAGCCGCGAGAGGAAAAAUACGAUUACAAUACCAAAGAGAUGAAGCCCGCCGCUCUCGUAUUGCGUGAUCUCCAGCGCGCGCAUCGCAUUUUCUUGAUGCACCACGAUAUCUCGCUGAGCUCGCUCUUUUUGCGUCUUCCACGACACAGAUUUGUGGCUGUCCUCAGUCGCUACUGGGAUCUCUACUUGUCGACGUGGAGCGUCUCACUACAUGGAAAUCCUGCUAGAGACAUCUAUCAAGGCAUUAAUAUCGCGGCAUCGGGCGAGCUUGGUGUCGGCGUGGGUGAAGAAGAGCGCGGCAGCGGCGAGCGAGAGGUUCUCGAAGGCCUGGUCGGCAGAACUGAGGGUCUCGUAGACGUUGUAGUGUCCAAGUUUGGCAUCGAAAGUGAUGAUGAAACGGGAUCAAAGGGCAAAGCUGCCGCGCCUUGGCUUGGCAGUGGCAGGGAGCCUUCUACCGACGAUGGAGCCAUAUUCCUAGGUACAGGCGCGCUGUCCAGAAAAUCGCUGAGGGACGUGACGCACUGGAUGGAGGACCUCUAUGCUUGGGGUGAGCACGCAUAUGGCGUGAUUGAGAGCCCGAUUUCGACACGCAAGGCUCGAACGAAGAAGACUGACCCUCAGAUCGAUGCCCCAAAGACCUCCGAGGCCACUUCAGAUGACUUGAGUGAAACAAAGCCCGAGGUACUUUCGACGCAAAGCAGCGAAUCGACCAUCAAAACACUGAAACCCCAAAAAUCUGAUCCGGCCCCCAACGCAGCCGGCAGUACAACGACCUCUGAACCGAUUGAGGGAGGCAAAGAUGGUCAAGUUUCUGAAGUACCUGCUACUGGAACUGAAGAUGGCAAAUUGGAUAAGAUGGUUAGCUAUCUGAAACUCGGCUACGGUCAGUAUUGGACCAUUCCCGGCGUCUCCGCUCUCUCUGGACCUUCCACGGAGCAAGCCGCCGAUCAAAAGAAACAGCCCAGCUCGAAAGCAGCAGAGCCGGCGCCUCCGAAAAGGCCACCCAUGCCGAAGCCAUCGCCGUCCCAGGAAGCUGCAGGCCACUAUCUCAUUGGCCUCAAAGGUGAAAUCGAGGAGGCGCAUGGUAGGGCCGGCGACGACGCUUCAUCCGAUGAAUCAGAAACCGAGCACGACUCCCGCACUGUUUUGCGAACCAUAUAUGUCGAACUAGAAGACAAUGAAGGCGGUAUCGGUCAAGUUGGCCAGCUGCCACACAGACCAACGGAUGAUGGCGGCGCCACACUUAUGGAAGUGCAGAUGCGCGGCACUUUGCGUCCCGGUGCACACACGCAAGGAAACAGCAAGGCGGAGAAGCUACGAGUAGUAGUCUAUGUCAAUCGGCCUUUUAUUUUCCUCUUCCUGUUUCGUCUGCAGACAGACUCACUGGCGUGGGAUGCGCUCUAUCGAUCAUUGCACUACCAGCUCUCGCCGCUGCGCAAGCCUCUGCUCGCCUCGACACAAUACCGCCCUGAGAGGCCGGAUACAGGCCGCGGCAGCCGCGGCGCCUCGGGCAUCUACGACCUCGUCUGGAAUCCACUCGACCUCACCGUGCACACUACCAUGCCCAACAUACCCGAUCACCUGUACCCGGCCGACGACCACGCGGCCGCGCUGCGGUGGUCUCGCGCCGACGCCGUCAACACGCACCUGCACGUGCUUAAUCUGUACAGCGGGACGCGGUCGCCGCGCGUCGUGGAUCUGGAGCGCACGCAAAAGACGAGUCGCGGUUGGUGGGUGGUCUGGACCAGGCUCGUGCAGCGCGAGACCGAGUCCAGAGUCACGCCGCAGCCGCAACCGCCGCACGCGCGAGACUCGGCACCGCCCUCGCCUCGGCCCGAGUCGGACGCUGGUGAUGAGACUGGUAUAAUGGCGCUAGGCCCUGCGACGACGAGCAAGGAAAUAUUCCUGAUACGCCGCGCGAGCGACCACGUCUCGUCGGGCAGCGGUAGCUUGGGGGUGGGAGGCGGCGGAGCAGAGUCUGUGGGAAGGCUUGCGCAAGGGAUUGGGGUCGACACGCGGAGAUAUGUGGAAGAUUUGCUCAGCAUGCUGUAA